GCCCGACAGGGCUCGGCCGGCAGUCCGCAGAGGAAGUGGAAGACGGGAACACCGGUGAGUCGCCAUGGACGCCGCUACAACAUCUCUCACGGAGUUCUUCUCCUUCCUCUCCAUCUCGAAACCGUCCACUCCACACCGUGAGUCAGUCUCUUUAAAUUUUCAGUCUCUUACGAAAGCAAAACUGGCACGGUUGGCUGCCGCCAGGACCAGGAGCUCUGUUACGUCUUCUUCCCCAGAAUCUACCUCUCCCAUCUUAAGCGUAAGGAAUUACAAUGUUUUGAUCACUGUGGACAAUAACGAUCCUGAAGAGAAGCUAGUGAAUCAGUUCAGGAGACAGGUCUUGAGAGCUGGAAUCUUGCAGGAGUGUAAGAGGAGAAGAUUUUUUGAGAACAGCCAGGCGAAGAGAAAGAGGAAAGCCAGAGAAUCCGCAAAAAGGAAUCGCAAGAGAAGGGUUUGGAAGCCUGAAUCAAGAGCUGAGGAGCAGCUAAAACAGGAAACCACUCGGAGGAAGGAUAUGAAUGAGGAAGAGGACAACUGGGACUUUUACCAAGUAGACCUUCCUUACUGUUCAUAGAAAAAGCUCACUGCCUUGAAAAGUUAGAAGCCAUUAUUUGUAAUGUUUUGGCUUAGAUCAUCUUGCCUUCGACCAUCCUUCUGUUGAUGUUCUUCAAUGAAGGCAGGUCUGUCUUCUGCUUUGAAGUUGAGCUGGUGUAGCAACACAGGACAAGAUUGUUUUGUGGUCGAGUAUCGGUUGGAAAGCUUUGGCCUUUGUCGAGACGACAAAGGCUUAGGCUUAGGUUCUGUUUGA